CGCUCGUGACGUAACGAAGUUAAUCACUAUCUCCGGUUGUGUGUCGUAAAGUGUGCUCCGUAAAUAAUUAGAACACGUCGGUGAUUGAGCCGGUCGGCCUCACGCAUGUUGGCGGCCCUGGCGACCGAAAGACCAGCCCAUGACGUAGUCUCGACACAGACGUACUCGUAGACAGUCAGAAUGUCGGGAGCAUCGAUUUCCUACCCCCACCAGCACGGGUUCUCCUCGGAGCUGAAGUGCGAAGCUCAGUCGAGGACCGAUCAGCGGUCAGGAAACAUCGCGAUGGCGACGUGUUACCCAGCGUAUGAGUUGACUCCUCCUCAGAGGACGGUGCAAGUGCCUGUGCAGAAGGACUAUUCGAGGCCGCUGCACGUCGACUGCAGCGUCGAGUACGAGCUGCCCAACACGGCCAAGCCCCCGCAGGGCGUCCGCAACGAGCCGCUGCUGAUGAUCCACCCCUGCUACUUCCGCAAGAUCGAGAGCCAGCGGAGGAGCCCCUUCGUCAACAACCUGCCCUCGCGGCAGCCGCAGCCCGCCGUCGCGGCCAAGCGGCGCGCCCGCCCGCAGCCCGCGCAGCCCCAGCAGGCCGCCCAGUACCCGGUGCAGUACGCCGCCGACCGCCAGCAGCUCUGGGACCAGAUGCCCAACCUGGUGCCCAUCUCGCAGGCCUACUGCAAGCGCGACCAGCUGGCCUACUCCGGCGACUCCGGCCACUGGACGGACCCGGACCGCAGCCCGGACCGGCCCGAGGACAAGCACAUCCUCUCCGGCAAGUACCGGCAGUACUUGCGGGCUCACAGACUGCACCCCUAUGUGACUUCUGCCAUACCGCUGGCCUCUACCUUCCCGCAGAUCCAGCAGGUGUGCUACAACGUGUGAUCGCUGUGAUAUGAUUUCGACGACUUUUGUACGGAUCCUCUCGUUGCAUCUAUGGUGUCCGUAACCCUUCUUGUGAUAAUAGUGUGUAAUUCUGUGACGGAGAUGAAAGAGCGCAAGCGUCGUGCUCCGGGCGUGGUAGUGAUUCCUCCACAUCAGCUGUGUUUGUGCAACUGCGACCUAACCGCCGUCUAUUUGGAUUUCUCGUUCUCUUUUGGAUUAUCCUGUCUCGCCGCCAAUUGCGUUACUGUUGCUAAGGAUGCCCACCCGUUUGCGACUCGAUCCUUCCGAACACCGAAACCCAAUUCGCGAAUUUCGAGCAAAACCGCCACCAAACCAAACUCUAAAUCUCCCCCAUCAGCUGAUUCCACCACAGUGUCAAUGGCUAGCUGUCAUAGUCAUGCAAAGCUUCUCACUACUGUACCUAAUUAGAGAGGUUUAGAGCUGAUCCGUGUUUGGUAGACAACCUCAAUGCCAUAUUUAAAAUCCUAAUUUAGUUUAUAAGGUAAUUUUAUUCUGUACAUAUUCGUGUUGCUGUUUUGAAAAGUUGUAAAUUUCGUGUCCCAAUUAGCCCCAUUCAGUGAUUAUUUAUGAAACGUAAAUGCAAUAGCAUCACGCAUCUUCCGAAUUUAUAGCCGACUUAUUUUAUCGCGUAAUUUAAAAAAAUCAAUAGACGGGAUCGUGUAAAUCGAGCCGAACAGGAAAAAGUAAAUAGAGCAGAUAACGCAAGAACUGACAUCGUGGUCCGCUUUUGAGCGGAUUUGUAUUAAUAUCGCUGUUAUCACACGAAAUAUUUACGUUUUAUGUUGAUUAUUUAGAUAGGAAGUUAAAUAUUAUUUCCUGUGCAUACAGCUGUUACGUGUAAAAUUAGACAAGUCUAGCGUAACCUUCUGUCUUUCACUAGAUUUAGGGUUAGUGUUUGUAAUAUACACCAAGAAAUUCUCCACGGCAGAAUAUUUACGGGUUUUAUCGGUGUUAUAGCAUAUAGACAAUACUUUUUCUAAGGAUUAUUUUGUACAAUGGCUUGAACUGGACGACGUCGCAAACGCCUGGGUUCCGCGUUUCGUAACAAUUUUCGAUGACCCUAACGUUGUUUGUUGUUGAAUCAUCAGAAGUGAAAUUAAUUAUGCAAAAGCUUCCGUCGGAGGGAAGCGCGCAGUCAUGGAAGAUUGUUUAGUGAUUUUGGGAGUAUUGCCCCCGUAAAUCGACUGAUUUUUUUGUAAUUAGUUCGAGGGAAGUGUAGAUAAUUUUGUUACCGGAUUGUACAUUUGUAUCUUUUUUAAGUUUGUAAUAGUAGCAUUCCGUUGAUUUCCAUGAACAAUGCCAAUUUAGGGUCGCAAUUGAUGCCAUAUUGAAAAAGUGCCGAGAGCAUUUCAUGUAACCAUUCGUUGGGCGAUUCCGGGGAUCGCUUGGGUCCUCGGAAGGGCGCAACCGUUUCGUAUUUAUCACAGUAUACCAAAUAACCUAAUUAACUUAUGUAUGUACAAAAUCAGGUGGCAGGACUCGCCGGCUUCAAAAUUUCAGGGUACAAUCCUCGGAAAAGAACUGAAAAACUAUUUUGAAUAUUUUUGACUCGUAGAUUUUAUUUUUGUAGCUCGAACUCGUAUCAAAUCGUUCGACUAGAUUUAUUUCGGGGGAUCUUUUGGGCCGGCUUGUUCUCCCGCAUCCAAUAGUAUGAAGAUCUGAUUAAAACUUAUUCGUUCUAUGGCUACUACUAGACCAAAGAAAUAUCUAUCAACUGUAUAUAUAAAAGUGAAAAAAACGAUCGGUUCCAGAUUGUAUUGCUGCGGCCGGUUUGAAAAAAAUUGUGAAUAUGUAUAAAAUAUUGCUAUAUAUAUUGUACAGCUAGUCAUAGUGAAAAUACGCUUAUAAAAUAUGAAUAAAACGUGUUACUGUUUUUAUAGAAUGAA